AUGCGAUCUUCUUACGGCAUCGCCGUCGCCCUCUCGGCCGGCUUGCGGCUGACAACGGCCGCCCCCGCCCCGCGAGCCGAGUCGUCUCUUCUCUACGUCACGACCUACCCCGUUGGCCAAGGGGCAGGGAAGCUCAUCACGCUUAAGCAGGACCAGACGUCGCUGCAAUCUGUCGCCGAGUCUGACAGCUGCGGUCCCUUUCCGUCCUGGCUGACCCAAGCCGGCGAUAUUCUUUACUGCGUCAACGAGGCCUGGGGUGGGGCCAAUGGUGAUCUCUCUGCCCUCAAGAUCAGUGAUGAUUUUAGCCUUCCCAAGCUGAGCGGAGGCCAGACCGUCGCUGGUCCGGUGAGCACCGUUGUCUAUGGCAAAGGGGGCCGCGGACUCGCUGUUGCGGACUAUGCUGGAGGCGGCGUCGACACGUUCAACAUUACCAAUCCCGCCGCUAUCUCUCUCAUCAAGUCGCAGGUGUACCCUGCCCCCGGCGACAACCGCCCCGAACCCCAGAACCAGGCACGCCCUCACCACGCAGUCCUUGACCCCACCGGAAACUUCCUUGUCUUCCCCGAUCUGGGCGCCGAUCUCCUUCGUGUACUGAGGGUGAACCAGAAUACCCUGCAAUAUACCGACACGAAGAGCUACAAGUUCGCCCGUGGAACCGGCCCUAGGCACGCUGCUUUCUUCAAAUCUGGGGACAAGACGUUCCUCUAUGUCGUCUGCGAGCUCGCCAACCUUAUCCAGGGAUUUAGAGUCACUUACAACUACGACAAGACUCUCAGCUUUAGCCGGAUCUACAACUCUACCACCCACGGGGGCACCUCUCCCGUUCCGGCUGGCACCUCGGCUGCCGAAAUCACUCUCUCUCCGGACAGCAAGUUCCUGACUGUCUCGUCCCGCAACGAGAAGACGCUCCAGUACACGCUUGCCAACGGCACCGCUGUGCCCUCGGACCCGCUCAUCACCUUCUCCAUCAACGCCGUGUCGGGCAAGCUCACCCACGUGCAGACGGCCCCCGCUGGAGGUGUGAACCCGAGGCAUUUCUCCUUCAACAAGGACGGCAGCCGUGUCGCCUCGGCCCUGCAGUCGGACGGCCGCGUCAUUGUGUUUGAGCGCGACGUCGCCUCAGGCAAGAUUGGCAAGGCGGUCGCCGAGGCGAACGUACCGGGCAUGCCGAACUUUGUGACGUUCAAGCAGUAA